AUUUUUCCGGCUUGCCUUUUUAUUUGAAAAUCACCGUCAAAUUUUUGAUAAAAUGUAAGAACAAAGAGACUUAUUAUAUUGUUCAAAAAAAAGAAGAAAGAGAGACUUAUUAUAUAAAGGGUUUGUGUACAACAAAGUGGGAAGAGUAGGAAGACCAAAAUGGAAGAAGAAAGUGGUGGAAGAGGUGAUUCCCCUUCUCACAACUUCAUACAACAACAUUGGAAAAUUUAAUCUUUCCCACAGUGCGAAGAGUAGGAUGAUCAACUCAACAAUGGAAGAAGAGAAGAAGAAAGUAAUACCCCUCCUCACCCCAUACAACAUGGGAAAAUUUAAUCUAUCUCACAGGAUAGUGCUUGCACCGUUAACAAGAACAAGGUCAUACAAUUUUGUGGCUCAACGACAUGCUGCUCUCUAUUAUUCUCAACGAACAACAAAAGGUGGAUUCUUGAUUGGGGAAGCUUCAGGGGUUUCAGACACUGCUCAAGGGUACCCAAAUACACCUGGUAUUUGGACAAGAGAACAGGUUGAAGCUUGGAAACCAAUUGUUGAAGCUGUUCAUGAAAAAGGAGGCAUAUUCUUUUGUCAACUUUGGCACGCUGGAAGAGUGUCCAACUAUGGUUACCAACCAGGUGGGCAGCACCCUAUCUCAAGCACAAACAAGGCACUACAAAAGGAAGGUAGCAGCACUAAGUACCCACCUCCUCGACGUCUCGCAACCGAUGAAAUCCCAAAGGUUGUCAAUGACUUCAGAAUGGCUGCCAAAAAUGCCAUAGAUGCAGGUUUUGAUGGAGUGGAGAUACAUGGAGCUAAUGGAUACUUGCUUGAUCAAUUCCUAAAAGACAAAGUCAACGACAGAGAUGAUGAGUAUGGAGGGAGCUUAGAAAACCGUUGUCGCUUCCCACUAGAUGUUGUGAAAGCGGUUGUUGAUGAGAUCGGAGCUGACAAAGUUGGUGUUAGACUUUCUCCUUUUGCUGAUUAUUGUGGUUGUGGAGACUCUAACCCUCAAGCUUUGGCCAUUUACAUAGCUCAAUCAUUGAGUAAAUUGGGUAUUCUCUAUUGUCAUGUCAUUGAACCUAGGAUGUGCACCAUGUUUGAAAAAUGUGACACAAAUGUGUCCUUAAUGCCUAUGCGAAAGGCCUUUGAUGGAACAUUUAUUGUUGCUGGUGGAUACAAUAGGAGUGAAGGAAACAAUGUGUUGGCCACUGACGGUGCUGAUUUGGUAGCUUAUGGACGAUUGUUUUUGGCAAAUCCAGAUUUACCUAGAAGAUUUGAGUUAGAUGCUCAAUUGAACAAGGCUGAUAAGAGCACUUUUUACACCAGUGAUCCUGUUGUUGGAUAUACUGAUUAUCCAUUUCUUCAAAAUGCUAGCUAGAAAUCACAUAAAUGCUAGCUAGGUUCUAGUACUUUAUAACAUAAUAAUACUUUGCUAUGUCAAGUAAAA